AUGUUCUCCUUCUCGAAUCCAGCGGCCACGCCGCAGCAGUCUGGUCAGCAGCAGCAGCAGUCACAACAGCAGCAGCAGCCGCAAUCGUCCACACCCUUCGGCAGCACUACGGGAGGAUUCAACAACUCAUUCUCCACACCAGGUGGCUUCUCAUUCGGCAACAAUGCAUCGAAUCAAGGGCAGACACAGCAGCCUCAACAGGGGCAGCAGCAAGGCACACCGCAGUCAUCCGGGCUGUUCGGACAGAAGCCGCUGUUUGGCACUCCUGGCUCGCAACAGCAGCCGCAGCAGCAACAGCAGCUGCAGCAGAAUACAGGCUCACUUUUCGGCACACCCGGACAGACAAAUCAGCAGCAGUCAAGUAUGUUCGGCACACCGCAGAACAACAACACCUUCGGAUCCUCCGCAUCUUCAGGAUUCGGCGGACAGCAGCAGCAGCCACAGCAGCAGUCAUCGCAGUUCGGACAGGCCGGUACAGGCUUCAACUCUUCCUCUCCCGCUCCCUUUUCGGCGCAGCCGCAGCAGCAGGGCCAGAUGUUCGGAAGUCCCUUCCACAGUCAGAAUGCCCAGCAUCAGCAGCACGGCACACCUCAGUCAUCGCAGCAACAGCAGCACUUCCAGCAGCAACAGCAACAACAGCAGCAGCAGCAGCAACAUGCUAUCGACCAGCAGAGAUACAACCUCGAACAGCAGAGUCAGAACAUGAGCUACAUCCCAGGCUACCUCAGCCGCACCAAGGUCGUCAAACCAUACAAGCUGCCUGCACGUCAAGCCGAACCCACCUCUCCCGAAGCAGCCUUUCAGGACGCUGACUCGAGCAUCGCUUUCGGCACUCCAGCCUCCAAGUCUGGCAAGGAGGAGAGCACCCCCUCUUCCAAGGGUCAACCAUCUCCUGUCGGCCGCUUCAGCUCCAGCUUCUUCAACGAGAGGCGUGACGAUGCAUCCUUCAGUCGCGCUGGUUCUGUCGGACCGGGCACCCCAUGGCGAGGUGGAAAGGAGAGCAUCUUUGGUGCUGGUGGUCUGCGAGGUGGUCGUCCAUCUGCAACACCCGCUCCCGCAUCCUCCUCUGCAGGCACAUCAGGCACACCCGCUCGCAAGAUCUCAAGUGAAUCUCCCGGCCGCACCAGUCGUUCCAACUCGACUCCUCCCGCCGCUGCCAAUGCCUUCAAGGUCGGCCAGAACACUAUGGAUCAGGACGAUGACGACGAUGCGCCCCCGCAGGAGCGACUCGAGGACGAAGCUUCCGCAGCAGCUCAGUCGUCUUUCCUUGGUACCUCGUCUGGCAGCUCAUACGCGAACAACUUCCGCUCGGACUCUGCUCCAGCACAGAACAUUCUGCCCGGUCGAUCAGCGCUUUCGACUCCUUCCAACAGCACACUGCAAAGGACGUCGCCUUCGCUCGCUCCCACUUCGGCAAAUGGAUUCGAAUCGGCUUCUCCGUCUGGACGCGAAGACGCAUCAUCAGAGAGGAACUCCGCCCUCGGCUUGGCACAACGCACCGUUCUCGUAUAUGGACACCCAGCAUGGAUGGAGAAGGCUGUGCUCGAGCUGUUUGCAAGCAUCGGUGGUGUCGAGCUCAUCGAAGCGAUUGAUCUCACAGGCAGCGGUUCAGCACAGGAGCAAGCGACGACGCAGCCAUCGUCGCCGCAGCUCUCGUGCUGCACUCGAAUUCGAUACGCCGAGUCUUUCCAGGCGCUCCACGCUCUCCGUCGAAACGGUGAAGUCGUCGCUGGAGCUUGCAUGGUUGGUGUGCGAUGGGAGGACGACAACUUCCACCAAGUCGCCCUCACCAACGGCAUCGAUGCGAUCUUCCGCAUGGACGUGUUCCCUUCCAGCCGCACAGCAGAGACGUACAAGGCAUCGUCCAAGCCCAUCGCUGUCCCCUCGAUCGAUGCUGCCACCGGCGCGUCGGCGAUUGCUGCCGGACGCAAUGGCACCAGCCUCGCUGGCUCGAACGGCUCCAACGGUCAGAACAACCGCCAAUCGAUCGUUCCUUCAAACAACAACCGCAGCGAAAGUGGCGUCUCGACCACCUCGGGCGCAGCAUCCGGCAGCAACAACGUCUCAUACCCUGCUUUCGGACGCCCGCUUUCUGUCAUCAACGACCCUUCCAUCGCCUUCAAGCCGGCAGCUGCCACCAGCUCGCCAUUCAAAGCAGCCUCGUCUCUGUUUGGCUCCGGCGCUUCUACUGCUCCUAAGCCCAUCGCUCCUGCAGCGGGCGCCAAUGCAGCGGACAAGAAGCCUGCGGCUCAAGGCGGCAACACCGGCGUGCUUGGUAGAAUCACAGACGGCAUUUUCGGCUGGUAG